GCGGUUUUUUAACACUAUUCUUUAUAAUUAUGUCGAUUAAAUCUUUAAUUCCAUUUUUAAAAAGUCUUUAAAAGACAAGGAAUCCGCAGUGAAUAUAUUGUUUUUGAGUCACUCACUGUGAGCCGGUUUGUGACUUUGGUUAAGUGAAGCGUCUCGGUCACAUAACGUCGUGAGGCGUUUUCUCAAGUGCAUGUUGGCUGCAGGUCGUCGAAGGAUUCCGGGGACCCCCAGCAAAUACAUACCUGAAGUGAACACCUGGCCAUGGAGCAGUUUUUCCUGGAGAACAUGGGUUCCAGCCCUCAGUCCGAGGCCGCAGCCAGCGCUCACAGCACUGGGCCGGAGGCCGUGGAAGGGCUGGACUCUGACCUCCACUCAACAGGGGAGAUCUCCUCGUUUUUGAACCUGAGCGAAAGCCUGCAGCACCAAACAAGUGAUGAUUCCGGCAUCAGCAUCUCCAGCAAAAGUCAGUCCUGUGAACUUCAAACUGAGAACUCAGUUUAUUUCUCCACUCUCAGUUCCAAAAUAGACGAGAUAGGGAAAAAAGCUCAGGACUUGAUAGAAAAGAUAAAUGAAAAUCGUGCAGUGGACCAGGAAAUUCUGAAUAAUUUCCAGGAAAAGUUAAUGAAGAAGGUGAGCGAGGUCUGCCAGAAUGUGCGAGAACAGAUGUUCAGCAGGUAUGAGGAGAACAGCCGUGUAAUGGAGAUGAGUCUGAUGGAACUCUCAGAGGUGCUGGACAGGAGCACUCAGCUCAACACCGAACUGCAGAAUGCCAGCCUGACGCUGGCGGCUAUCAGUAGAGGGUUGCACCAGGCUCCAGCACAGUGACAGAACCUUUAUCGCUUCCAUUAUUACUGUACCAUAAUUAUAGCUUAAAGAUCGUUUGUUUUAAAGAAUAACAACUUGCGUAUAACAGGACUUACAAAUAUGCUUAUUGAAAAAUGAACUUAAACACAGCUCCUGUGUAACUUUAACUUGUCACAACAGAUGUCUUUCAAAAGA